AUCUAAACGGAUUGACGGUUUGGUUUUUUUGUUUUAAAAAUUUGAAAUGGAAGUUCCACUGUCUACUUUCCAUUGCCUAAUUGCUGAAUUACCUCAUGCAGUGUGCAAUGGGGUAGUAUCAGAGAGUACUCUCUGGUAGUAUCAAAGCCUACUCUUUUUUUCUAUUAAUUUGCAACUCUGUCGGGAGACAUUUUCGUGAUAAAUUUUUGAAGUGAAGAAACCAAGUAAAGAAAUAUUCUCUCGAAAUUUAACAUUAACAUUAAAUUCAAGUGACCAAGAAAGGAAAUAUUCUCUCGAAAUUUAAAAUUGAUCUUACUAGGCCUUUCUUAAUGGCUCUGUCAUUGUUAACAAGGCAAGGUUUAUGUGGAAUUGUCGCCAUUUCUUCAAGUAAAGUAUAUAUGAAGGAAUUCAAACCCCAAUCAAAAUGAUGAAGUUUUCAAAAUUGUUUGUGUGAUUGUCAAAACAAGGGUGGCGUAGUGUUUUGAGAUGAGUUCAAUCACAAAUCAGUAAAUUGGUCAACAGGUGCCCUUCCUUACGCAUGCGUAGUCUGAUGCAACGCCAUUUUGGAUUUUGAAUCGGAGGACGGAGUUGUUGUAGACAAAAGAUAUUUUAGAAGCUGGAAGAGUUUUUUUCGUGGAUGAAAGUGGUCUUCAAGGCCUACUUUUCGUAUAUAAGAUACUAUUAGAUACUAUUAUCCAAUCAAAAUGUCCAGUUAUCAACAGAUGAAUGCUUCCGGCCAAUCCAGAGCCAUGAGUACUAAUAGUAAUGACGGUGGUUCUAACUAUAUGGAUUUAUCUAAUAUGCCCAUGGAUAAACAGAGGACUAUGAUGUGGCCAGAGCACCAGUAUAACAUAGAUUCCGGUAUUCAUUCUGGCACUACUACACAGGCUCCGUCAAUCAGCAGUAAAAGUCAUGGAGAAGAAUUGGAUGAUGAAGAGAAAUUGAUGUAUGAAUGGUCUCAGACUGCAGGAUUUGGGGGAGAUGGCUACUCACAGGACCAGGUUGAAGAUAUCAACCAAACAUUGAAUCAAACUCGUUCCCAGAGGGUACGAGCUGCCAUGUUCCCUGAAACACUUCCCGAGGGUGUACAGAUUCCAUCCACCCAAAUUCAUCCAGACCAACCCACCGCAGUCCAGCGUUUGUCCGAACCAUCCCAGAUGUUAAAACAUGCUGUGGUUAAUCUUAUCAACUAUCAGGAUGAUGCUGAUCUUGCUACGCGAGCCAUCCCAGAAUUAAUCAAACUUUUGAACGAUGAAGAUCAAGUGGUAGUCACCCAGGCAGCCAUGAUGGUUCAUCAACUCUCUAAAAAAGAGGCUAGUCGUCAUGCUAUUAUGAACUCCCCACAGAUCCUUGCUGCAUUGGUGCGAGCCAUGAAUAAUACAGAUGAUUUAGAAAUUACCCGAUGUGCUGCCGGCACCCUUCACAAUCUAUCCCAUCACAGACAGGGUCUUCUGGCCAUCUUUAAAUCUGGGGGGAUACCUGCUCUAGUUAAACUUCUCAGUUCACCAGUAGAAUCUGUUUUAUUUUACGCCAUUACAACAUUACACAAUUUACUCUUGCAUCAAGAAGGAUCCAAGAUGGCUGUCCGUCUGGCAGGAGGUCUACAGAAAAUGGUAGCUCUCCUUCAGAGAAAUAACAAUGUAAAGUUUUUAGCCAUCACUACAGAUUGUCUUCAAAUUUUAGCUUAUGGCAACCAAGAAAGCAAGCUUAUCAUCUUAGCCAGUGGUGGACCAGGAGAGUUGGUGAGAAUUAUGAAAUCGUAUACCUAUGAGAAGUUGUUGUGGACAACAUCCAGAGUGUUAAAGGUCUUGUCAGUUUGUCAGAGCAACAAACCAGCCAUUGUGGAAGCCGGAGGUAUGCAAGCCUUAGCUAUGCAUCUAGGCCACCAGAGUCAGAGAUUGGUACAGAACUGUCUGUGGACUCUACGAAACUUGUCUGAUGCUGCUACUAAAGUGGAUGCUCUUGAAGGUAUCUUACAAGUUUUGACCCAGCUAUUAUCGUCUAAUGAUAUCAAUGUUAUAACUUGUGCUGCUGGCAUCUUGUCCAACUUGACAUGUAAUAAUCAACGUAAUAAAGUUAUCGUUUGUCAAGUUGGUGGUAUUGAGGCUCUAGUACGAACCAUCAUGCAGGCUGGAGAUAGGGAAGACAUCACAGAACCAACAGUGUGUGCCUUGCGUCACUUGACAGCCCGUCACCCAGAAGCUGAGAUGGCCCAGAAUGCAGUUCGAUUACACUACGGACUUCCUGUCUUGGUGAAACUUCUACAUCCACCAAGCAGAUGGCCGCUAAUCAAGGCCGUGGUUGGAUUGAUCCAUAAUCUAGCUCUGUGCCCUGCUAAUCAUGCCCCUCUCAGAGAACAUGGUGCCCUUCCCCGUAUUGUCCAGUUGUUGAUACGUGCCCACCAAGAUACACAAAGGAGAGCCAGUGUGAGCUCUGCUAAUGGUGGACCUAGCUUAGUGGAUGGUGUCAGAAUGGAAGAGAUUGUCGAAGGCACUGGUGGAGCACUCCAUAUUUUAGCUCGUGAACCACACAACAGAGCUGUCAUCAGAGGACUCAACUGUAUUCCACUUUUCGUACAGUUGUUGUAUUCACCAAUUGAAAACAUACAGAGAGUAGCUGCUGGUGUAUUGUGUGAACUAGCUGCUGAUAAAGAAGGUGCUGAAAUCAUUGAACAGGAGGGAGCAACUGCUCCUCUUACUGAGUUAUUACAUUCUAGAAACGAGGGUGUUGCUACCUAUGCUGCUGCCGUGUUAUUCCGCAUGUCUGAGGACAAACCUCAAGACUACAAGAAAAGACUGUCCAUGGAAUUGACCAGUUCUCUUUAUCGAGGAGAUCAGAAUCAGGCAUGGAGUGAUCCUCCAGGAUUUGAGGAUGUAAGUCAGAUGAACAUGCAGCCAGAAGGUACCAGGGAACAGAUGUAUCAGGCCCCUCCUCACCAUGGCAGUCAGGGCAGCAUGUACUCAAAUCAACAAGAGAUGAACAGACAUGGUUUUGAAAAUGUGCCCACAGAUUCUAUGCAAGGUUUAGAACUUGGCAGUCAUCAUGGAAGUGGAUACGGGCCCAUGGACAAUAUGGCUGACCUUGGAACUGCGUCUGGAGAUUUUAAUCUGGAUUCUAACAUGCCACAAGGUGAUAAUCAUCCAAUGACUUGGUUUGACACAGAUUUGUAAAAUCCACGAAAAAAAAAACAACUUUAAUUUAAAAACAUGACAUUUGGCUUUUUUAAUGUGAUUUUCAUGGUUGAAAAUGCAACAUAAUGUUCAUGCUGUAUAUACCAAAUUCAACAUGAACCAUGAACUUCAUGCAAAUAAGCCAGUUGUCAUGGAAACCUAUCUAAAAUCUAUCUUUAACAUAUCUCAUUCAUUUCAUUACAUGUAUAACAUGUUUUUUUUUUUUAACUUUUAUAGAAAUUUUGUCCAACUUGGAUUUGUCUAUGAAAUUAUUUGACUUUGAAUCAAAAUAAUAUGGCUGCUCUGUAGAUCAAAUGCUUUUAAAAUAGAGGAUUGAGUCAAAUAAUUUUGAGAUGCAAAUUUUUAAAUUGGUCUGGACCAUUUAUAUAUCCAUUUUUGUGUACAUAAAACAUGAUUAUAUUUCAUUUUUCAUUCCUGUAUGUUUUUAACCUAUUUUACACAGAAGGCAAAGGUUAUUUUGAAUUUUAGUCUUGUUUUGAUAAUUUGUAAAGGGCUAUUUUUGUAGAAAUUUGAAAAUAUACUUCAAAAAACUGCAAUUAUAUGCAAAACUGUGCUAAAAAGUGUCCUUUCCCUGGCAUUAGCAAAUUGUGCUCCAAAAGAAUUUCCAUGAACUAGACUAACUCAAAAUAAGCUCUGCCUAAAAAAUUGCUUUGUGCAUUAUUUCGCGUCAUUUACAUAUUUAAAAGCAAUUAGUUCAAAUGAACCUUCAAUAUAUUUUUUAUGUAUGUUCUGAUGUUUUAAAAUUUUGAUCAUUUUUCCAUUUUUUCUUCCUUUUCGAAAUUGGAAAUUUUCAUUUUGUAAUUUUAAGAAUGCUAAAUUUAAGAUAGCAACUGUUUUAUAGAAAUCAAACUUUUGAGACUCCAGAAUAGGGGUUUAUGUAUAUUAGUAUUAUAUCUGUGUUUAAAACUAAAAUUUUUAGAUUAGUUCUUCAACUUUUGUGGUCUAAAUUUUGUUUGAUCAAAAUAAUUUUCAUUAAAAAAAUUAUAUUGGAAGAUUUCAAUCCAUAUUUUUUCAAAUUGAUAAAGAAAUUGGUCCAAAUUUUAAAGUAUUUAUAAUUAAUAUUACAAACUAAAUUUUUUUUUUUCAUAAAAUCUAAUAAAUUUGAGAUUUUCAAAGUAUCCAAACAUCUAUGCCAUGUGUGGAGUAAUCUAGAAGAGGAAAUAGUUUUCUAUGAGAUAUAUUGAGUAAGAAUAUUUUAGUAAUGUAUUAUAUUAUGAAGUAGUAUAGUAUUUUGCAAUAAGAUUUCAUGUCAUUAUCUAGAAAGAUUAUCUCUAUCAUAUUCAAAUAUUUCUGUAUCUCUAUUUGCAUGAUCAUUAAAAAUGGUGUUUUGUAAUAAAACUAGCUUUUCAUGUGAGGGUAGCUCCAGUAGCUUGGUAGAAAUAGGUCUAAAGUCACCUUUCGAUUUUCCCCUGUCAGUGAUGUAGAAAUAGAGGGGCUAAAAGGGGGGAAAGUGUCUAUUGGAUAGGGAACAUAAACCAAGGCCCUGUGCUGUAGGCUGUGUACACAACCUAGAGACCUAUUUGAAAAAAAGAAACUAAGCAGCAAGGAAUGCUGAUUUUAUUAUGGUUAAAAAUACCACCUUUAAGUGCCUUAACCAAAUGCCACCCUCACUUGUCAUAUACACCAAAAAUAAUUACAUCUUCUCUAGUUUAAUGAUGUAAAAGGUUUUCCCAAUGAUGGCAAUAGUAUUUUAUGCUUUUUAUAAUUCCAUCAUAUAAACCUAUAGUGAUCUUUUUUCUGUUCUAUUAAGAAUCAUUUAUUCACUC